UAAAGAGGAAGAAGACAUCUUUCCUGCACAUAACUGACUCCUUGUAUCUUUAUCGGCCAUCACGGAUCCACACUGACAUAUGGUGACCCUCGACGCGAUACUGCAAUACUGACCAUCGGGCGACGGAUGAUGGUAACGGAGCUUGGCAUACCUGAGAGCAGUGAGGAAACUGCCUGGUCCGGACCCGAGAACUACUGACACCUGGAAAAGGUGAGCCGCCAAGAACAAAGACUGUGAUAAUGGGGAAUCAGAUGUCUAAAGAGGAAAAGUUGGUGCUGUCCACUUGGAAGCACUUCCUGAAGCGGAAAGGUGUAACUGUUGAAGAUUAUGAUUUGCAACAUUUGCUGCUAUGGUGUCGAAAGAAAGGUUUUGAAGCUAACACAUCAGUUGCAUUUAGAGUAAAGACUUGGGAGAAUGUGGGGGAUAAACUGUGGAAAGAGGUUUAUAAGGGUGCUAAGAGUGCUAAGGAAGUAGAAGGUUUGCCUGCCACCUGGCAUAUAUUAGUUGAAACUUUAAAAGACUGGCUUAAUGAACAAGUUUCGGAAGGUAUUCAGUUGCCUGAAACAGAGCCUCUGUCAGAUACAGAAGGACUCGAAAGGGAGGAAGGAACUUCAGUUGCUGCGGCAUCGCCGCCUGCUACCUCCCCCUCUGACAAUGAACUGAUUGCUUUAGCAGAUAAAAAAGAAACAGUGUGGCGUUCGGAUACACAUACAAAAAAAUCUACCAAGAGUCCGGCUCUAAAAACCCCAAAAGGUUUGAAAGUUCACUAUCCAGCACCCCACAAUCCAGUUAAAACUCUUUGUAAAUACAAAUCCCCUACUGCUAUAGUCCCUUACCGGUAUAACACACCUGUGGAACUUGUAGAGGAAUUUAAAGCUAAGCAAAGGCAAGUGUCCUCUGUUCCUCCACCACAGGAGGAGGAGGAGGAGGAGGAGGACGAGAACACUGAUGAAAACAAUGAGGAUGCCCCCCCAGCAGAUGAUGCAGACAAGGAGGAAGCUGAAAAUGCCUCCGUCUGUAGUCGAGCCUUACAAUCUGUACGUAAGGGGUCCCAGAGCCGAAAGACACGAACGCUCUCUGAUCCAUGGACUUUGCCGGCAGUCACCACUGUCACAGUCAUGCCACGUCAUCCUAGAAGAUGUCACACUUCACUGCCUGGAUUUUUUACUGAGGGUAAUGCUCGAGCAGACUCUCUCGUAGCAUCUGCCCAGAUCGGGCCUGUUCCAGACAAGCGACAACAGGCUCUCCUCUCACAUCAAUUUUUUCACCAAGGCAGUACUGCUCUCAAGCGACAGCUUGGCAUUUCACAAUCCCUUGCUCGUUCUAUUGUGGCUGCCUGUCCUGAUUGCCAAAGUCAGAAUGUCCUUGUCUAUUAUGGCGUUUACCAAGUAUUCUAG